AUCCAAUCAUAAGUCGCCACGUCAAACAAAAAAAAGGUCGGUACUGUACAAGGUUACCAGUUCACCACUACAACCCAAUGCUUCUCUGUAACUACAGCAACGAUUUCACACAUUGAACCCUAAAUUUUGCUUUCCUUUUCAAAUUUCAAUCUCCAUUCUUCAUUCGGCUGUGGAAUUCAAGAGAAAAGGACAAGACCUUCCUCAAUUUGACUUCUUCUGUGGCUGGUGAAAAAUGCAAGAUCCAAGGAUUCCUUUGUCAGAGGAGUUCUUGAAAAAUAAACCAAAGAAGAAAAAAUUUUCAAACCAAAAGGCAUCUUUGUUUCAAUUGCAAGGGAAUAAUACCAAGGAAGAGGUACAUGCUCCUAUAUCAUCAAAACCAGGACAGAAGGGUUCUAAAAGACAUUUGAUGACUGAAGUCUCACCACCUUUUGCAAAACAAGAGGGUUCCAACUCAGAUUCUUUUCCAGAUUCCUCUGCAGCUGGAAACGAGUACCGGGCAUUGAGGCGGAAGUAUCUGUUGCUGGAAGAUGAGAGCUUUUUAUUAGGGAAAGAGCUAAGAGAGAUUGAAGAUGAAGUAAAGACUCUUGAAGAUGAGAAAAUUGCACUGCUGGAUCAACUUGUUGUAAUGGAAGGUCUUGUUGACCCGUCAGAGAUACACUCCUAGUGUCUGCGAUUCCUAGACUUGUAUGUCAUUUCAUCUUCUGACGAUGACAUCUAUAUGUUGUUAUAUAAUCUCUAAAAUCAAAGUUUAAGGUUUGAGUCCUUUAGGUAGCUCUUUGGAACUUGGAUGGAUUAAAAACACAUUUGUAGAAAUUAUAUAAGUCAAAAUUCAACCUUUCUGUUCUUUGUCUAGAAUGUUUCUAGAAUACUUUGAUCAUCUAAUGUUUUUUUGUCAUAGUAAGGUAUUGUUUCUAGUUCAUUGUGGUAGGUUACCCAUUGUAAUUCUAUGGUUUCUUAUGCAAAUAUGAUUUAAUGUUUUAAGAAGCAGCAAACUUUUAACUUUAGACAAU